GACAACUUCCGGUAGUGUUGUUGUUGGAUAAUGAGGAUAAUACUGUUAAUAGUCAACAACAAAGGCUUGAAAGUUUCAGGACUUUAUCUUAUAAUAAGAACACAUACAUAGAAAAGUGUUCUGUAUUGCUGCUGUGGAUGGAAAUGUGAAGGAGAUGAUGUUCAGAUAGUCGGCAACACAUAGUACGUCUAUCUGUUUUGGGAAAGCUUCCUCGGCGGGCUCUUACACAAAAUUUUGUGGAGUGGGGCCUGGAGUUGUGUGUUGUCAAUGAACUACUGAAUCGGGGUGAUGAUGAUUUAGAAUGUUUUAUGUCGGUUAAAAUUAGGCCUGCGCCCUGAAAUAUUGUGCGAAGAAGAAAAAAUUAAACGCAGGACAAUUAAGUGAAUGAACAAGACAGAUGGACGUCUAUGUGUAACCUAGCACGCUGUUUGGGAUUUGCAGCUAUAUGUACAGCGAUGCUAGAGUAAAGUUCAGCCAUGGAUCUACCUAUUUAUUAUCCCUUUGAUGAAUUUAAACGGACUGUGUGCAUGAACAAACAAAAUCCUGUACAUCAGAGAAUAGCGUUUCAAGAUUUUGGUUGUUCGGGACAUGUUGAUGUGGUGUUCGACAAAGCUGCUUCUCAACCAGAUAUGAGAAUAAUACCACAAAGGCGACAACUUUCGCUGCAGGAUCGGAAUCACUUCUGCGCAUCACUGCCAACCAUUCCUUUGAGGGAUACACCUGUUCCUGUGAAAUUCCCACUAUCAGACAGUGUCAUGGAGGAAACAUUGAAACUUCAAAAGAAACUGAAAGAUUUCGCUGUUAGCAUAAAGAUACGCAGGAGCCAGUGUCAGAGUGAGUUUUUUCCAGGCAUUAGCAGCAUAGCCAAUGAUGUGAAGAAGAUGCUAGAUAAGAUGCCACAGUACAGCAAAACGCUUGAAGUACAAUUUGAAAAAAUAUUUGAGAUCUUACCAGAUGGACUGCAAGACUUGUGCACUGCAUAUGAGGAACUUCUGAGUGCCAACAUGGUGCAACUGUUUAACCCAGCCUUUAGUGGCGGAGUAGUCAGCUGUUUGAAGAAGGAAAACACCUUCACCUCAGACCAUCUUGUGGUACAUGCUGAGGGCCAACAGCUUCAGAGGCUUAAAAUACAGCGAGUGGAAGACUCUGGAAGACUGCUGCAGGCCAAGGUGGUCAUGCAAAUGGUGACAGACCCCAUAUUUCAAGUUUGCACAUCAUUUUAUGGUGACACAAUGUUUGUGGCUACGCGGCAUAAACACAGAGUUUCAGUAUUUUCUGCACAGCUGGAUUCAUUGUUAGCAGGCUCAGAAGAGCUCAUCAAUCUUGAAACAAAAGAAUUUGAUGAAAAUGAAGCACCAACCUUUGUCAGUCUUUCCCCUUACACUGCAGCAGAAGGAUUAUAUGUCACAAAUAAUGGAACUGUCUGCAUCUGGAGACCUGGAAGUUUUGAGAAAGUGUUGACAUGGAAGAAACAUCGCUUCGCAUGCCAUGACCCAUGGCGUCAGGUGCACUAUGGAAGCCAUCCCCGGCAUCUUAUUGUCACGGACCGUACAGCUGUGGAGAUUUUUGACCACAGAAAAGGAUAUUCCAAUGGAGUGGACCUGUUUUCUUUACCUAGCAAAUUGCUUGAUCAUAGUGAGCGUAUCAUGGCAGCACAUCCUCAUGGGUUUGCGUCUCCGUAUCAUCUGCUAGCUACUGAGAACAAUUUUUUCCUUCUAGAUCAGCGCUUUCCUGGCACACCUGUCAUGCACUGGCAUCCUGAUCUUCUAAAGCCCCCACAGUAUAUUACUUCCACCAACAUCACCAUGAGCACCUCUGAAAUCAGCAGCAUAGCUCUGGUAGCCAGUCAGCAGCCUGCAGAGACAAUGUGUUAUCCUUUUGACUACACCAGUCAGUCCUAUGUGACUGCACCAUUCUUACCUUGGAGACUUUCCUGUAUGAGUGACAUUACCUACUUCAAAGCCAUCAAUGGGAUCCAGGAUUCCAAAGUAGCCCGACAGCGGCUAGGUACCUCUUUGGCCGGUGUGGCUGUCCUUGAAGGCCAAAUGCCAGAGUCAAUCAUCACUUAUCAGGUGGACAGUUUUGGGGAAAUUUUCUAUCAGUGCUAUGGCAGAGCAGAUGUGAAUAGCUCAGACAAAACUUGCAGUCGACUUUUUGGGGCUGAAAGUGACUUCUUAGAGCCAGUGGUCCAUCACCAUGUAACAUCAUGGUUUUCAAAGUUCCACAAAGAUAUUGCUAUGCAUUCCAGUAGGUUUAAAAGAGAGGGACAAACAUUUGUUUCAAUGAAAGAUGAUUUAAUUUCGUCAGAUGCCAGAGAAUGCUGGAGGUGCUCAGAAUCUAUUAGCAUCGAUACAGAUGAUGAUAGGAAUGAUGAUGAUCAGGCAUGGAGAGGCACAUGUGGGUCAUGUAAACAAUAUCUGCACCAGGCCAGUGGUGACACAAUCAGCAAGGAGGAGCUGGAGGCAAGACUUUUGAAGAAACCAAGAGGAGAUCUGUCUGCCCUGGACUUCAUUGCUCCCCCUUUGACUACUUAUGCUGCUGACAAUGCCCACACCAAGAUCCACCAUGUUAUAGCAUACCCUCAAGAGAACGAGAAGACCAACAUGGAAGAAUUACUACAGAAAAGAGACGAAGAGAGAAAAUCCAAACUUCUGGAGCAUAAACAACAGAAGAGUCAUGCUUUGAAGAAAAUAAAACAUAAAAUCGCAUACAGAAAACGGGAGAAGCAACAGUCACAGAGUGCAUUGAUGUUACCAUUAGAUGAUGAGCACAGAAGAGAGAAUGUUAUCAUUGAACAAAUAUUAUCAGGGAAUAGUUGAUGGACUUGAGCCAGCAACAGAAACCAAAGCUGAAAAAAAAGAACUGAAGAAAUCGCUGGAAGACAGAGAAAGACAUUAGCUUCCGGAGAAGAAAGAGGCACUAUUGAGCCUUCUUCAUGAAGAAAUCUCUGGAAGACAGAGAAAGACAUUAGCUUCCGGAGAAGGAAGAGGCACUAUUGAGCCUUCUUCAUGACAAUUUGAGUGUUGACAUUGCAGGAAAGUCACCUGUCGAAGAUGGUGCCCAGGUACUUAAAAGCAGGAACAAUUUUCACCUCCUUGUCAUGGAUGACACGGGACUUGGAGAAGACCAUCUCUUUGGUCUUACAUAAAGUUCUAAGAAGUAAUAAAUAAAGAUUUAAUUAGUGCGUAUUCACACUCAUAUGGAGCAUGCUCUUCACACUUAAAACAGGAAUGGGACAGCAUACGUGACAGAAGAUAUAUGUCUUUGGUUACUUUAACUACAGCAGUCUUGGUGCUGAGGGGGUGAAUAGGAAUAAGAAGUCUCGGUGCUAUGAAAAGGUGUAUAUGUUGACUGAUCUUGUGGGAUAAAAUGGUGCUUUUGUAGGUAGGUCCUAAGCUGUUUUAAAACUGCUUUCUCUAUAAUCUUUGACAGAAAAGACAAAUUGGAAACUGGGCGAUAGUUGUUUAACUAAAAUGGGAACACACCCAUUGAUAAACUGUCAUUUACAAUAUUGUUAUCGCACCAGGCAAUUUUUCAUCCAAAGCUACACCAUUGGUUUCUACUGGCCCGCUGAGGAAAGUAGUGCAGUGUGAUCAGAGAAUUUGAUGAGAUAUUGACUCCCAUGGUUACUGCAACAACUGUUGGUAUACAGAAUAAACAGAAGCGGGAACAAAACACAGCCAGUGCUCAUUGUGAUUGAGUCGGAAAAAGCGCCAUCGACAAGUACUCCUUGCUGCCUGUCAACCAUAAAGUCUUUCUCUCAUUCUUGAUACUUCUGGCUAGUGUUUGCUACAGAUUCACCUCAAUGUGUUUGGUGGUUGAUGCAGUGAAAAAUGUUUAUGUGUGAAUGCCUAUGUGAAGACAUAUUUGUAAGUAAAAGGGAAAUAAUUGUUGUUUUAGGAUUAUAAUAAAUAAUCCUUUUUAUUUUAACUAUUAAAGCUGUGAUUAAAAGAGCUUGCCAU